UUACUCAGCGCAGUAAAUCAUGGCUACAUUUGAGUUGGAUCCCGUCUUUGUGAAGGCGUUAGGGUACCUUCGCUCCAAGAGUAAGGACUCUACAGAAAAACUGAAGGCUCUGGUCGACGCUGCGCUCAACAAGUCGUCUCCGUCGCUCGCAGCAUCCUCAGCGAUAGCAGGAAAGCUUGACAAGGUGGAGGAUUCUCCAUCAGCUGACACUGUGGGUGGGAAAACACAAGUUGAGGAGAAAGCACAGGAUGUGGAGGGAAGAAGAGGAUCGCCCCAUGGCCAGAUGAGCAGACUGAUGGUUCCUGGGCAGAAGGAGCGGCGGUCCCCCUCCCUGAGCAGCAGCAGCACAGGAAGGUCCACUCCAGAACCACCCAAAAAACAACCAGACAAGAGGAGUCUGGAGAAGCUUAAACAGGACCUGACUGACCUGAACAAAGAGCACAAGAAGCCAAAGCUGGAGAAGCCUGACCCUCCGACAGUUCGCGAGGGCUCUCCGCCGGCACUGAAGAAGGAGCAGUCUUCAGACGAGGAGGAGGGAGAAGAAGGGAUGGAGACCAGCGCUGAUGAGUUUGCAGAAGAGAUGGGGCUGGUCUGUGUCAUCUGCAGGCAGAUGAAUGUGACUCCUGGUAACCAGCUUGUAGAGUGUGCAGAGUGCCACAACCUUUACCAUCAGGACUGUCACCGCCCACCAGUGACAGACAGUGACGUAAACGACCCCCGGAAGGUGUGGUACUGUCAGCGGUGCACCCGUACUAUCAGGAAAAUGAACAAGAUCCAGGCCCUACCACCACUCAAGGCGUCAAAGGCCCAGAAGACCAAGCCAUCUGCCACCAUGUCCAGCAGCAGGGAAAAGGAACACUCUGCUGUCAAACCUAAGACUCCUGACCUCUCCACCAUGCAGCUCUUUAAGAGAUCAGAAACAUCCUCUAUGACAUCAUCAUCCACCCUGUCCAGCACCGGUUCAGGCUCCCAGCUCACAGGCCUGGCCAGCUGGGCAGCGAACAUCAGUGGCAAGUCCUCCCUUCCCAAAACCCCCACAACCACCAAGGCUCCCACUGGUCCCUUCAGCAGCUCCAAACCUGCUGCCGCCACGUCCGGUAAACAGGGGCUGGCCGCCAUGAAGGCAGCCGUGGUGUCCAAAUCAUCCUCCUCAGGGAGUUCUAGUAAAUACCUAUCCAGCAGUAGUAGUGUGGGAAGCAGCAUGGCUAAGCCAGGAGGAGGCUCGGGGAAGCCACCAACGAGCGCCAGCGUAAAGCCGUCGGGAAGCGGUGCCGCGAAGUCUGGAGGAAACGGGGGCAGGAUGCUGCAGCUGCCCACAUCGCAGUCACAGGACGCCAACAAGAGACUGCAGAUGAUGAAGAAAAAAGCAGCAGCCAAAAUGCAACAAAAGAAGCAGAGCAGAUUUUAGUACAGCCUUCUGUAAGCAUUUUUAUGCUUACUAAUAGACAAAAUACCGUAUAAUAAUAUGCAGUUCUACAGUCAUGGCAAAAGUAAUGUACAAAAUGU